CGUAGGGCUGCGUUCGAGAAUCCGAGCACUUGGAAGACGCACAGUUAAACACACAGUUAGAACUAACACGCAACUUCGACAGUCGCUUGUGUGCCUCGGUAUUUGCGCCUAUAACUGACUCUUAGUAGUGCCUAGGUAGUGUUCCUAGUCACCUAUCUUAGCUAGUCAGAUCCUUAGCGCAAAACAGGAUGUGCGCCGUUGCCGAGGGGAAAACGGAGAGACAUGGGGACAUGGAGACGAUUGAUUCCUCAUCUUGUCUCCGUCUCAAUCGUCUCCAUCGUCUCCAUCACCCCGGGACUCAUAUAGAAUCCACCAGAUCUCACACUCCGAAAACCGAAGCACCCAAACCCAAGAAUUGAUCUGAGACGUCAGAACCAGACUUCGGAUAUUUACGAGCUCGCGAAGAGAUUCGAACACGGCCCGAUCAACCAACAUCACAGACCAAAAGAGGGAAUCCGAGGGUCCGAGAGGAAUAACGAAAUCGCAAUAUGGCACCCUUAACUCCACACUGGGCCCAGCCCUCGCAUCCCGACGUCCAGGACGUGAUCAUCAACGCGCAUGAAUUCACAUCCAAGAGCCUGUCCAAAAUCUCGCUACCGCCCUUUGGGCUAUUCGCGAAGAUGGACUUCCCUCCGUGUACCCUCGCCUCGGAGCCGACAUACGCCACGGUUCAGUGCGGCCGAGACAAGCACCUGAACCUAAACAGCGACCUGCUGUACAUCAACCACUCAUGCGAGCCCUCCCUCAUCUUCGACACCGCCACCCAGAACAUCGUCGCGGGGCCCAAUGGCCUGCGCGUCGGCGAAGAGCUGACCUUCUUCUACCCAUCCACAGAAUGGCACAUGGCCCAGCCCUUCGACUGCCUCUGCGGCAAACCGACCUGCCGCGGCCGCAUCAGCGGCGCUAAGGACAUGACCCGAGCCCAGCUGGAAGGCGUGUGGCUCAACGGACACAUCCACGAGCUGCUCAGGGAGCAGGAGCUCGGCGGCAAGGAACCUGAACCUGAAAAUGGCAGUAGUACUACUAAAGCCGAUGCUCCUUCUUCGACGGCGGCCGAAGACGCCACCGCCCAGGCGCUAAGAGACGCCUUGAAGCACGCCGAGAAGGUAGUCGAGGCCGCGAGGAUCGCUCUGACAUCCUACCUCGACUCUGCGACGGUCAAGGGCAAGAUUGGCGGAGGAAACGCCAAUGGCUUCGGAGUAGCCAACGAUGUCUUAGCCGCCGGACUAACCAGACGCGGCGUGACGUCACGGGAGCUGAGCGGAGAGAUGGGUGGUGAUACGAUCGUAGCCACCGGAUCUUGAAGGGAAUGGGGGGUUUUCUUGGUUAUUUCGGUUAUCACGUAGGCAUUUUCCUUCUCGAAUCUAACAUUCGCGUAUCAAGUCAGUCUUCAACAGCCUGGCCUUAUUCGGUUCAAAGACAGCAGAUAGUAUAGCACUCAUCCAAAGUCCUAGCUACAUCCAUAGAGAUAGUCAGUAACUAGGGCGCAAACGUUCGUU